UUCAACUUCACAUUCAGAGUGAAUGCCGUUCGUCACCAAGCGGAGCAUUUGGCGAACCAUAGCUGGGAGUAUGGUACUACAGCGGAAGCGGUAAUGGAGCUGGUGAACCCGGAGAAGUCUGUCUUCGGAAGUGAUCCAUUCAAGGGCAACCAUAUCCCGUAUCAAGCGUUGCACAUGGAUCAGGCACUCAUUUGGGUGUACCAGCACAUCGAAUAUGAGGAGCAAAUGCUAUACGCCGAUGAAUACAGUGUCUCAGAUCCUGCAUCGUUGGGUGUGGCAGCAGUAAUGGUCGGAACGCGGUGGAGUCGUUACUUGACUGCUUGCGAGAGGCAGAAGGAGUACUUACUCGACAGGGCACCACGCUACUCCAAUGGUGCCAUAAGCCACAGGCAACAGGUAGCAGAGCUUUGGUCAGACGCUGUCUCCAUGUUCCCGCCUUUCCUGGCCUAUUAUGGAGUGUACAAGAAGGAUCUGGAUCUGUUGCGGGAAGCUGUUCGACAGAUCGAGCUGUACAGAAACAUACUCUCCAUCAGCGACGGGCCUGAAAAGGGUCUCUGGAAGCACAUCGUCGGCCCAUCGGAAAUGGCUGACGAAGGUGCUUGGAGUACGGGUAAUGGAUGGGCGGCUUAUGGGAUGGCUAGGGUGAGGGCUACGAUCUCCGGCUGGAAUGUGAGCAGGGAAGCAAUGCAGCCCGAGAUGGAGAAGCUCGACGGAUGGAUUGGCGAGAUCAUCGACGGCGCCGUCAGCACCGACGAUGAUCAGUCUGGCCUACUUCGGAACUAUUUGGGUGAUCGGAGCUGGUGGGGCGAGGUGUCCGGCACGGCUUUGCUCACGGCAGCAACGUAUCGUAUGGCGCUUUUCAGGCCUGAGAUCUACGCCCAACCGAAGUACAUGAGCUGGGCGAGUGCUAAAAGGCACGCGGUCACUUCUCGUGUGGAUGACAAUGGCUUCGCAGAACCAGCUGUCAAUGCUUUGAAACAUGACUCACGUGAGCCGAUGAAGAGCGGUUCUGAAGGGGCGGCCUUCAUGCUCAUGCUGGGCUCGGCGUGGAGAGACUGCGUGUGCAGAGGUGUG